AUGACACGCAGACUCACCCUCAGCGGCAGCCGUUCGGAAAUGGGCUUGCUUGAAGACUCGGCUUCUGAGCCAGAGACGCCUCCCCCAAGUUGGACUCCCGCCAAACAAGACUUUUGGAAGAAACCGUCAAAAUGGCAGAUUUGCAUGCCUCGUCUACGCCUGGUCGCCAAAGUGUUUGCUUUCUUCAUCUGCUUCAUCAUACUCGUCAAGAUCAUGACGCAGAAGCCUCCUUCGUCACCUAAGACUGCGCCUUCUCCACCUCCAAAACCACCAACUGAGGACGAGUUGAUGGAGAAGGCAAAGAAAGAGGAUUGGAUCUGGAAAGAUUUCACAACACACGAUGGAUUGACACGCGGAACGUCACACCUACGGUCUUGCGCAACUGGUGAAAUUGAUUGCAAAAACAAUGCUCCACACCUCAUUCGUUACGAUGGCUACCAUAACUUGCAAGAACCUGCUGAACAGAUUGUACCUUGCGUCGGUCCCCGUGGCCUGCCUUUGAAUGAGAGCCAGGAGGACGCGAUCUGGGCGUACCCCGGCUAUGCAGAUGGUGCUGUCGAUCCUGUGUUGGGAUCCUAUGAGGCGUCUGGCCUAGAUGGCAACGUUUCUUUUGAUCGCAUUGGCCGCUUCCAGGCAUAUGGACUAGAUCAGUUUGAUACAGCCGACCUUGACGACAUGAAAAAGUCUAGCGAUGUUGACUGGGAUUCCGUCAACUGGGGUGAACUCCAGGACAGUUGUGUCGCACUCAACAAGCAACGAUUCAAACCCGUCAAAGAGCGCCCACAGAGCUCGAUUCAAUACUCCAACAUCCGGCACAAGCAUGAUCAACCUCCGCCCAAAGCUCUUUCCACCACCAUGGAACCGGGCUUGGUCAAUAAAGCAAAACGGACUGCUAUCCUCAUCCGCGUGUGGACCGGUGCCAAGUGGACGGCUGACGCUGUUAUGAACAUCCGUGCAAUGAUCGCCGAGGCUUCUUUGGCCAGCGGUGGAAAGUAUCAAGUGUUUCUGCUCUUACACGUCAAGGACGAAAGUGUUCCCUUAUUUGUGGGCGAGGACGAGCCACAAGCAACCAUUGAAAAGUACAUCCCUCCGGAGUUCCGAUCGAUAACAGAAGUUUGGAACCAUGCCCAAAUUCGCAGCCUCUACUCUAACCUGGCCGAGCAUGCAUUUGUUGGCCGAUCCCCGUGGAUGAUCAUCCAAUGGUUUGCCCGCAAUCAUCCCGAGUUCGACUUCUUCUAUCAAUGGGAAUUCGAUGUGCGCUACACCGGCCACUACUUGGAUUUCUUCGAGGCCAUCUCCGAGUUCGGCAGGAAACAACCUCGAAAGGGUAUUUGGGAGCGAGCGGGCAGAGUCUACAUACCUGACGUGCAUGGUGACUUUGACACUGAAUUUCGCGAGCGAACCAAGAAUGAGGAUCCUCACCAUGUCUGGGGCCCUGUCUCGGUGGAGGGUGUCAAGCCUCGUGGACCGAAGCCACCCAGAAAGGAUGUGGAAGAUAACUACGAAUGGGGUGUUGGCGAAGACGCCGACUGGAUCGGCUUCCUUCCAAGUUUUAAUGUCACGGGGACGAACUGGUGGUUCCGAGACUAUCUUUGGGGCUACGCUCAAGGCAAAUCCACCCCUAGACGAGCCACCCUCAUCGCCCAAGGAAGGGUCAGUCGCCGCGUCUUGGACAUCAUGAACUACGAAAACGCCGAGAACGGGCACCAUAUCGAUGCAGAAAUGUUCCCCCAAACCAUGUGUCUCCAUCAUGGUCUCAAGUCCACAACCUUUCCCCACCCCAUAUUUGCCGAUCGUCACUGGCCUGCCGAUGCCCUGCAGUCCACGUUCAAUGGUGGACCUUUCGGACAAGCCGGCGGCUAUUUCAACAGUUCAUUCAGCAAAUGGAACGAGUAUGCCUGGACCAACAUGACGUGGUAUUACAGCUCCAGUCUGGCCAUGCCAAUCUACCAGCGACUGCUCGGAGUUACGGCCCGCGAGAGUGGUGGACAGGAGUGGGAAGAUGCAUAUGGCCGGACCGUGGUUCGUCCCAUGUUGCUUCACCCUGUCAAGGGUGGAAAGUCAUGGCAAUGGACAGAAGAUGGUUGGCUUCAGACCAAGGGUGGAAAAUAG